AAAACAAUGCUGUGUUUCAUUGCUGAGGAGCUUACGGACGCGUCAGGGGCUGUCUCCCCCCUCGGCUGAUCCCCCAGUUUACCUUCGGACGAGCCUGUAAUGGACUACUCUAGUUCUCCCAGCAACCUGGACGGAUUUUGAGAAACGUUUGCAUUUUUAGCUCCUUCCCCCCCAGACUUUCCACAUUCAAGUCAGCAGGAUGGCUGAAAAGGAGCCCGAAUCGCCUGGAAAACUAAAGACAUUAUUAUAGCCAGAACUGGCUUUUUCGGAAUAGGGGGCCUAUCCGAACGGACUAUUUCUUUUCACAACUUUCCCUUCUGUGGAUAAUGGAUGGCAGAGAUUUUGGACCUCCCCGAUCCGUCCACGUACCACCUCCGCUGUUGGCGGGGCUCGCAAUGGAGUCUCACCGGCUCGGAGCAGCAGCAGCAGCCGGGAGGAUCCCUCCCUCGCCCGGUCACUUGGGCUCGAGUCAUCCGCCGCCUCUCCACUCCGGAAAAUUCUUGCCAUCGGCCAUUAACCUACAUCCACACCACAGUGAUGCCUUCCCGGCAGGCUCCAGUCCCUUCCUAUCAGGUUAUCCCGGCCCCUCCCCCUUGACCUCUGACCCGGCGUACAGAUCGGCCAAUCCCAGUGGUCUCCAGAUGGCUCAGCUGUGGGCAUCACAUGCUCAUGAAGGCUACCCUCCUCUGCCGAGCAGUCUGUACUCAAGCCCCUACCUGUCUCUGGGGCACCUGGACCCACCCUCGCUCUCCCAGCACCCUCUCUACGACUCACAUAAAGAUGGAUUUUACCUGCCAGCCUCCUUGAGCCAAUUACCCCUCCAUCCCCCAUCUGCACCGCCGACCGCCCCAUCCAGCUCCACACCCCCUCAGAGGACGUCCCGAGACGGGGGAAGAGACCGGCAUUACCGGGGGGAGAGGGAGAGAGAGAGGGACAGAGAGCGAGAGCGGUCGAGAGAGGAACAGAGGCCGCACAGCGUGGUGGACCUGACACAGGACGGGAGGAGCGAGGAGGACCGCAGGGCGAGGAGUGGCGAACGAGAGAGAGAGAGGGACAGGGACACCGAGAGAGAUAUUUGGUCCAUCCAUCCUCACCACCACCAGCAAAAGUCACACUCCCAACCUUCAGCAGAGCCCAGACCCAGGCCGUCACCUCCACGGCCGUCCUUCCCUUCGGGUGGCGGUGGGAGCAGAUUUCAUGGAGCAGAAAUGGAGAGAGGGGUUCGGGAUGAAGAGGGGGCCUCUCGGCACCACCACAACCAUAACUCUAACGCGAACUCGAAUAACUCAAACUCUCACUCAGAAAGACACAGGAGGAGCGACGCUGCAGCCACGUCGACCGGAGGCCUCCACAUCUCCUACGCCCAUCCUCCUACGCUUCAGCCCUCUGCCGUUGGCCCGCCCCACCCCUCCACGCCCAGAGAGCCUAGCAGAGAGCAACGAGUCAUCGCGCCGACAUAUGUGCCUUCUGUGGAGGUAUACGAAGAGCGGGCCGGGCCCAUCCAGAUCGCCUCGCAAGCCCGUGACAACAAACACGGUGACAAACACAGAGACCGAGAAAGGGACAGAGACAGAGACAGGGACAGAGAGCGGGAGAGAGAGCGGGACAGAAACAGGGAGAGCUACAGGUUUCCUGAAAGGAGCCUUGAGCACCCUCGACUCUCCCAGUCUGGCGAAUCAGGCAAUCAACGAGAAGAAGGCUCUGUCAUUUGUUCCAAUGGUUCCAUUGGUAAACGAGGACAGGAUGCGUCUUACUCCUCCAGUCAAUCAAGGUUCAGCCCAGAAACCAGGGAAAUCCCUAAACACUCGCUCCGAUUGGGCAUAGAGCGAGGGGGGGCGGAGCCUAAGUGGAAUACCAUCAGCCCAUUAGCCAACUAUGCCACGAGUCACAUGGCCGCCCUGGCGGCCCAACACGGACAUACAAUCUCCUCCCCCCACAGCCAGCAGACGCACACACAAAUGUCCCAUUCGCCUCACACGAGCCACCGGCCCAGUAACAAUACACACUCCACCCACAGUCAUUCCCCACAAACACACCCCUCCCAACACGGACACGGGCAUGUAGUCGAGGAGGGGAGUCAGAGGCGCUACCUGGACCCAUCAACACUCUACCGACCUGGAGGGUCAGGUGGUGGAGAGCGAGGCGGAGGUGCAGGUUCAGAGCCCACAGAGGUUUCAGCCAUGCAGAGUCUGAUUAAAUACAGUGGAAACUUUGCUGCUGAGGGUCCCGGGUCCACAAGACACGCUGCGGACGGCCGAGGGCCCUUUGGGGGUCUUGGUAGCAUUGUGACAGAGGCGGAAAGAGAGAGGGAGAGGGAAAAAGAGAGGGAGCGGGAAAGAGAGAGGGAAAAAGAGAGAGAGCGGGAGAGAGACAGGGAAAGGGUUUCAGUUGGAUCAGGAGCUUCAGGGGCGUUGAGGGUGCCUCCUCAGCUGAAAAGGGAGCAGGAGCGGCCGGACAGCGCCCGCUCCUUUGGCCGAGAGGGGGAGGGAGAGGUGCGCCACCCUCCAGUUGGUAUUGCUGUGGCUGUGGCCCGGCAGAGAGACAGUGUGAGCACCAGUAAACAGACCAGUGGACCUUCAGACUCACAAAGAACCCUGCUGCAAUCAGCAAUUAAAGAUGAGGAGCGAGGGGAGGAGCGCGCUCGUCACCAUGAUGACAGACUGUUGGCCGGCCGACUGGAGCGCGAGCAGGAGAAAGUGCUCAGAGAGUCCAAGGAGCUGGCAGAGUUUACUCAGAUGCACCCGGCCCCACUGUCUAGCGGCCUGACACCCAGUAUGAUGACUCCCAGCCUCAUGACCCCCAACCUUAUGGUGACAGGCGGGGCUGCUCUGGCAGGGGCGGGGCGUUGGCCGCCUGACCAUUCAACUCUGACCUCUCACCCCUGGAUGCCCCGGCCUGGAGCCCCUCCAGUCUGGCUCUCUAGCUCACCAUACGGCCUCGGUCCUUCCUCACUUCACCAGACCCUCCCACCAGGCUACGCACCCUCUCUGCCCGGCUCCUUGCCCCCUCCGUACCAGUUUGCCAGGGACCCACAGUCUGGACAGCUCAUAGUCAUUCCCACUGAACACCUGCCACACUACGGAGGUGAUGUGCUGGAGCGUGGAGGCUCGGUGUGGUCAGGGGUUUACGGUACGGGCAGCUCGCUGCAGCACGCAGCCCAGCUCCAGCUCCUCUCCCAGCAGCAGAUGCUCCGGCAGCAGGAGCUGCUCAUGAUCCAGCAGCACACGGCGCAGGUCUUAGAGCUGCAGAGGAACGCACAGCUAGUUGAGCGUUUAAAGGCCAGCGAGCACCGGCCAGAGAUGGAAGACAAAGCAGACAAGCGGAACGCCGACCCCAAGCCCUGCCCCUCCUCCAUAUCUUCCCCAUCUCCCUCACCUGUCCUGCACCCACGCAAACCUCCCCCUCCCUCUCGCUCCCCAACCCCAUCUACCUCCUCCCUCACCCCGCUGCCUCCGCUGCCCUCACCUGUGACCACCCUCAAGUCAGAGGAUGGUGGGCAGAGAGUGAUGUCUCACCCACCGACGCCCCUGCCUCACACACCUUCCCCCCACUCGGCCUCUCCACUGACGUCCUCCCCGCGGCGGCCUAAACAGGAGGCGGCCGAGGAGGUGGAGGUUGGGCGGAGGGAGCAGAGGGGGGGACAGAAGACCUCCUCAGCACCCUUUCAAGGAAUCUACUCAGAUCUCCCUCCAGGUUACCCUUACCAGUCCAUCACUGCCCCAUUUGGCUCACCUUUCCCCUCCUAUCAUAUACCAGCACCCACAGCGGCCAACACAGAAGUCAUCCCACCCCACCGCUCUCGCUCUCCUGCCUCUGCUGCCCCUUUGCCCUCAGCCCACCUGCAUCCACGACUGCAGGAGGCAGACAUCAAACCACAGAAGCUAGAGCAGUCAAAGAACGGGUCUUUUCUCAAGCAGGAACCCGGUGUGGAGCCGCCUCGGCUUGACAUGACAUCAGAGCCUCUGGGUCCUCUUCGUCGGAGCUGCAGCCCUGUGCUACCCAGCCAGGACAGAGAUGGAGACAGGGAAGCCCCUAAGCCCAUGCCUCAACCGCUACCUCUGCAUGUCCCCAGCCCUCCGACGCAACAAGAUGACAGACAUGAAAAAGUCACGGAGGAAGAGAAGGAAGGAGGGCAAAUCAAAAUGGAGGUGUCAUCCUUCUCCUGUCAGGCAGCAUACCCCAUGCCUCCUCCGCUCCUAGAGGCCGAGCCUAAACCAGAGAUCAUCAAGGAUCCAGAACGAUAUCCAGCGUGCAUCACAGCAGAUUCAGACAGCCAGGAAUUGUCUCAAGUGUGUGCGUUGCGAGAGCAAACGGCCAGCGCUGCGUGUGAACAAGAACGACCUGAUAUUCCAAUCAACCUGCUCACUCCCGGUCAGAAAGAAAGUGUCACGGAAACUCCAGUUUGUCCUCCUCCCACCUCCAUCUCGCCACUCCCGCUGGUCUUCGGUCCCGACGAUCCCAUGGCGGGAAUGCUGGCUCUGCUGACAGCCAGUGAGAUGGCCCAGGCCCGCCCCAGCACCCCACCUGCCCCGACACUCUUGCCACAGAUAGAAAACCCUCCAGUGGAUGCAGGUGCUCUGGAGAUGGUGGCCCUGGAGGGGAUGGCCCUGCUCAGCCAGAUGGCCCAGCAGGAGAUGGAGCACAUGAGCCUGGAGCAAGAACUGACGUUGGAGGGUCUGGACUGUCUUCUUGAAGCGAGCAGACAGAUUUUGUUGGAGGCCAUCGAGAAGCAGUCGCACAUCGAUCUGCCCAGAACACUGGACCCUGACAAGAAGUACAGCUGGAGGCAGAGGAAGGAGGAGCCGAUUUACAGCAAAAUGUCCAUGGACGUGUUGGACGCAGUGGAAGUGGAAUACCGUGUUCGCCUGGCCGAGCUGCAGAAGACAUACAAGGAGAAACAGAGAGAUCUUAGCAAGCUGCAAAGACGGCGAGACAAGCGUGAGCGGCAGCAGCAGGAGGAUGAGAGGCGGAGUCUCACCAGACGGGGCAGAGGGCGACCCAGGAAGAGGAAACACCUGACCACACCUCCCAAACUAGACAGUAGGCCUGGAAAGGUUGGUAGGUCGGUGCAGUACUCUGAGGACUCUGAGGCUGGGGAUGGACAGAGGAAGAGGUUCCGACUGUCCAGAGAAGAAGAGGAGACAGAGGCUGGCAGUGGAGGAGUGAAGGUGAAAAAGAAGAAGAAGAAGAAGAAGAGCUGGAAUGACCAGGAGCCGUCCACCAGUCAUGCUCUGGAGGUGUUGAAGGCGAAGCGCGGCCAGGUGUGUGAACAGGAGCAGCUGGCGUCAGACCUCGACAGAGCCCUGUCGCUCUCGCAGCUCAGCUCACUUGGCGCAUCGCGCAAACUUUCCUCCAACUCCAAAUUAGACAAGUCCAAGAGCAAGUCCACAGACAGUAGGAUGAAGGAGCGCAGCAUCCACUCGUCUGUUAAAGGAGGGAAGCACAAGGUGGCAGCCAAAGCUUCUGUUUCGGACACCGUCCGGAAGGUGAAAGGUCAGAAGAAGACUGCUUUGUUCUCUCCCAUGAGAUCAGAGCUCAGCAGCUGCUCAAACAACUCAGAUUCAGAGGAACACAAUUCUGCUCGAGGGGGCUGGCCCCCUCUCUCAGGGACGCGUUCCCACGGCAACCUGACCAGGAAGAGGCGGCCCGCAUCAUCGCCGACAUCCCUGCUGUCCAGUCAGAAGUCUCAGAAGAAGAAACACAAGCACUUAUCCCUGCUGCUGGAGGAAGCGGGCCUCAGCUCCUCUGACGACUCCUUCGACCAAGAAACCUCAGAGGACGAGGACGAGGACGUGUCCGAUUCGGACGCCGACGGCGGCUGCGAGGAGAGCGGGCUGGGUCUGCUGGCCAGGUUUGCAGCGAGCGCGCUCCCUGUCAGCUCCACGCCUCUGAGCCUUCUCCAUGACGGCAAACACCACCGCAGCAGGCAAAGCACUCUGGGGUCGUCAGAGUGCGAGUGGUCCGACUCUGGCUCGGACUUGCGGCUGAGGAAGUUCCCUUCGCUGCUGCAUGGGAAACGCUCCGCCCCUGAGCUCCCCCUGCUGCCCCCAGCGACCCGCCGCAUCGACCAGACCAGCCCCACCAAGCGAGAUGAUGCGCUGCCAAUCAAACGCAAGCCCCUGCCCAAGCCACGCCCCUUGCCCCGGUCCCCUCGGCGAUUCAGCUUCGACCUCCCCUCCAGCUCCGGGGUCGGGGGCUUCAGCGAGGAUGAGGGCUGGACCAGGCGGCGCAGCGAGAGGAUUUUCCUCCACGAUGCCACCACCACCACUACCACAUCCAGUCAGACGCCUGCACCCGCCUCCACCUCCUCCAACCAGAGCUCCUCCUCCUCCUCCUCCUCUUCAUCCUCCUCCUCCUCCAGCUCUGCCCCACCUCUCACGCCGAAGCCAGCCUCCAGACCCAAACCUGCUCCGCCCAGCAGAGAGGGGAAAGAUGUGGUGAAAAAAAAGAAGCUGAAGGACUCCCCUCUGCCCGUGAGCCCGUCCACGCUGUGCGGUCCAGUCCCUGACGGCCCGGCGCCUCUGAGCCUCAGCCCGUCACGCAAGAGCCAACCAAAAGCCAAGACCAAGGCCAGAGAGCCUUCCAGGGGAGCGGUGAGCCGGCUGAUGGAGAGCAUGGCGGCUGACGAAGACUUUGAGCCCAACCAGGACAGCAGCUUCAGCGAAGACGAGCUCCUCCCACCGCGCAGCAACAGCGUAUCAGAGAGGUCAAACACACCUGCUCCCGUGCAGUGUGUGCUGGACAAAGACUCCCUGGUGGAUGGACUCAGGGUUCUGAUCCCAAUGGACGACCAGCUACUGUACGCAGGACACGUGAACACCGUCCACUCCCCUGACAUAUACAGCGUGGUGGUGGAGGGCGAGAGAGGGAACCGACCACACAUCUACUGCUUGGAACAACUGCUGCAGGAAGCUAUCAUCGACGUGAAGCCUCCCUCGGUGCGCUACCUCCCAGAGGGCACCCGCAUCGCUGCCUACUGGAGCCAGCAGUACCGCUGCCUCUACCCCGGCACUGUUGUCAAUGGAAGUUCAGACAUUGACGAGAACGAUGAUCUCAUCACGGUGGAGUUUGAUGACGGCGACACAGGUCGCAUCCCCCUCUCGCACAUCAGACUGCUGCCGCCAGACUACAAGAUCCACUGCGCUGAGCCGUCCCCCGCCCUCCUCGUGGCCAGCUGCUCCAGGAGGCGAGUCCGAAAGUGCAGCAAGGAGGGCAAAGAGGCCGGAGCAAAGCCGGAGGAGACCACUCCUAAGAUUAAAGGGAAACCUGGUCGCAAACCCAAACCCAAACCAGAGACCUCUAUGAACCCAGAUGGACGGGAUAAACCUGAUCCUCCAUCCUCCUCCACCCAGCCCUCAGAGAGACCCCAGGCUCCGGCCAAGCCUCCCCAGGACAGGACCUCGUCCGUCCAGAAGGCGGCUCAGGAUAAGCCCCAGCCUGCGUCCCGGCCCACAAUGGGAACCCAGCCGAAACCGGCCCGCAAGAGCUCCGCCACGUCCCCUGUAAGCAGCCCUACCCUUCCCAACCCAGUGCCCAGGAAGUCCAGCACAGCCCAGCCUACUCCCUCUAAACCCAGCCGCCCACUUCCUCCCUCGCUCUACCCCUCCACUUACGGGAAGGUGCUGACUGUGGAUCUGUACAGCGAGCCCAACCUCAGCUCCUACAACAGCCAGCGCAGAGAAAGAGACAGUACCAGCAGCGUCAGUCCCACCGCCAGCAGGCCAAUGUCCAGGUCCAGUAUGUCCUCUACUGCACCCAAGCCAAGCGCUUCAUCCACACCGAGGCCCGCGUCUGCCUCCACGCCCAAAACCAAAUCCUCCUCAGACCAUCACAGCAGCUCCAGACCCAGUCUCAGCUCCGGACUCAUCCCCAGCCCCAUCUCGAGGCUUUCAGCAGGUAAACCAAGCUCUUCACUCACUCCCAGACCUUCAUCAUCAUCUUCGCUGUCAUCCUCGUCCACCCCAAGGCCCAAACUGAAGAUGCCGUCCGACCAGAUAUCCUCCAGCGCCAGACCCAACGCCAUCUCCAGACCGAAGCCCAGCCAGGGGCAGAGUGACGCGGGCUCGGUGGUGAGGCGCAAGCCCCUGCCUGCCGAGCCCCUCGUCAAGCUCGACCACGAGGGCGUCACCUCCCCCAAGACUAAGAAGACCAAGGCUCUGAUGUUGCUAGAGGGUCGGGGCGUCAGACGAGAUCCCACCCCCAUCGCUACAGCAGCAGCCAGUCCGAAGCCGGUCACAGCUAAACCGAGAGCCCCAAAUAGAGAGACCGCCCCACCAGAGAAAGACUACAAGGCACCUGUGAUGGCGAAGGAGAAGGCAGAGAGUCGUGGGAGCACUGGCACAAGAGGACAAGAGAUGGAUACGAGGGAGGAGAAGGGUAAAAAGGAGGAGAGGAGGGAGGUGGAGAAAAGAGAGGAGCGGAAGGUGAAAGAGGAAUCUCAGAGUAGCAGCAGCUCAGAGUCCGAGGAGGAAGGACAGAAAGGGAAGAUGAAGAAGAAGAAGAAGAAAUGCACCUCAAGUUGCUCGUCCUCCUCUUCGUCCUGCUCUGGUUCCUCCUCGUCAUCUUCCUCCUCGUCCUCUUCGUCGUCCUCUUCAUCCACCGAUGACUCCUCCUGCAGCUCGGAUGAAGAGAGGACCCCUACGCCUCCACCGGGCCCCGUCUCCCCACCUCCAGUGCAGGACAAAGUGAAAGAAGAAACAAAACAGGAAAAGGAAGAAGAAGAAGAGGAGGAGGAGGAGGAAGAGGAGGAGGAGGUGAAGAUCGAGACGGAGGUCAAAGUGGAAGAAGAAGAAGAGCUGUGUCCUCCCUCAGAAUCUCCCUCUCCUCCAACCUCUCCGACUCCUGCCCCCACUAAACCUGCUAAACCAGCCACUGGGAAGGGCUCCGGGCAAAGGGGUCGUCCCCCGAAGCCGAAGCCCAGCGGAGGAGAGGGGAAGGUGGGGAGACCGAAGCGGAGAGAGGGGGUCCACCUCCCCACAACCAAGGAGCUGGCUAAACGGCAGAGGCUUCCCAGCGUGGAGAACAGGCCCAAGAUCUCCGCUUUCCUCCCAGCUAGACAGCUGUGGAAGUGGUUCGGGAAACCUACUCAGAGACGCGGCAUGAAGGGCAAAGCUAAGAAGCUCUUCUACAAGGCCAUCGUGCGAGGACGAGAGAUGAUCCGCAUCGGCGACUGCGCCGUGUUCCUGUCCGCCGGCCGGCCCAACCUGCCCUUCAUCGGCCGCAUCCAGAGCAUGUGGGAGUCGUGGGGCAGCAACAUGGUGGUCAGGGUCAACUGGUUCUAUCAUCCAGAGGAGACGAACCCCGGCAAGAAACUCACCGACAAGAAGAACUGGGAUCAGAUGUGUGGUCAGUCUUUACCAGCAGCUCUGCACUCGUCCAUCCAGAGGAAAGACUUCAUGGAGCGCGCCCUGUACCAGUCGUCUCACAGCGACGAGAACGACGUGCAGACGGUCAGCCACAAGUGCCUGGUGGUCAGCGUGGAGGAGUACGAGCAGAUGACCCACACGCGCCGCUACGCCGACAGCGAGGACCUCUACUACCUGGCCGGCACCUACGAACCCACCACUGGCAUGAUCUUCAACACGGACGGAGUCCCAGUCAUCUGCUGAACGAACACAGAAACUCACCCACAAGUUGCUGAAACCAAAUCGCGACCCGACCUCGGACGCAGCCCGAGGUCUUUCCAAGUCUAAUCACUGAUCUUCGCUCACGGUGGAUCUUUCGCAGCUGCGACUCGACUCCGCUCCGAUCCCACCAUACACUUAAACCAGACUGUCAUGAACAGCUACUACUACAGAGACUGGAGACACUAUAGACAGUAUUUGAAGGAACGAGUCUCUUGAAAACUUUUGCACACACAGACUCCAUUGACACACACAAACACACACACACACACACACACACUGCUUGUCGUGUUCAUGGGAAAGCUUCUGAACACGCACAAGCACUUUUGCCACCUUUUACAUGUAAAUAUGCCCUCCAUACACACUUAUACAUGCACAGACACGUGUAAAUACUCACCUCCAUGUAACACACACACACACAGUUAUAUAGAGGAAAAUAUGAGUGUUUUAUUUUCAUGUAAUAGAUUUAUGUCAGAGUACUUUUUUCUAAAGAGGUAAACAGUCGAGAAGCUUUAAUGAACUGUGAACGGUGAUACAGGAGAGAGGCCUGACAGACACACGCCGGUGAUGUGACGUUGUGGUUAUGAUGUUGCCGUGGUGAUGUUACAGUCAUGUUACAGUCCAUAUAUAAAUGUAUCUACAGAACAGCAGGAGCGACGGACAGUCGUAAAAGGAGAGACAGAGAUGCACAGAAAGAGAGAGGUAGAGACUCCUUCCAACAGAAAGCACUUAAAAAAAAUCAAAACACUUAAAGUCUACCCUCCUUUAAUUUAACUCCUCGAAAUCCCCCUUGACAAUCCUAACUCGGACAGGCAGGCUGUCCGAGUGCAACUAAAACUUCUGACUCCCUCUGACACUCAGGCUUGAAGAGAGAGAGGAAAAAAUCUUGUACUUUUAAAAGCACUUGCCAUUUUCACACUUGAGUUCCUUCACUUAAAGGAAAAAUCCACCCCGAAAAACACUAUGAAACAAAACAGCAGCUGCUCCAGUCGACACGUAUCUUGUAUGUUGUUCUUCGCCCGAUUUAUUUAUUUUAUUUUUUUUGCCCCGAGGUGUAACAACAACAUGAGGGGAAAAAUAGAUCCUGGAGGAGGCAGACUUAAACCUCACCCGCCAUGAGAUUCAGGUGGUGUCUGGGGCGAUGUCGAAAGGCAUUCUGGGAAACGUAAGACCAACUAAGCUACAACACUUGAUCGCAGUGACUCCAGGAAUGCACUGAACUAGUAAAAACCAAUGUAUCAGCAGUGUAGGAGUCCCAGAGGGUGGAUUUUUCCUUCUAUUUUUUUUUUCCAUUUUAGGUGUUUUCAGGGUUGUAAACAUUGCAGUCAGUCCCGAGAUGCAUCAAGGUCGCGGCACUGACAGUCGGCAUGCAGCUGCCAGCACUGAUUAGAUCAUGAACGUAAUUCAGUUUUAACAGUCAUCCUCCACAGUUUGGCGAUUUAUUUUGGCUGCAGCGUUUCCAACCUCUAAGCGUCCUCUGUGAGAUGUGUUUUAUUUUCCUUUUGCUUCCGCUGUUUCAUGGAACGUCUGUCUCCGACCGCCACUACUUUGAACACACACUUCGCCCCUCCAGCAGUCAUCUUUGACAUGAGUGCACUUUGAAAGAGCUCCGCCGCAGAGGAGACUCUGUGACCGGGAGUCUUGGACGUCUUCCUAGAGUAUUUUCAAACCCCCCUCCACCUCUCAUCUGCACGAUGCCCCCUUAAGACGAACAGACACACGCCGCCACGUCCUUUAUUUGCUCGUUCUUCUUUUUCAUAGCUGCUUAUGAUUUUUUUUCUUUUUUCUACGUGCCUAGUUUGAACUGGUUUUUUUUAGGGUGAGACUGUUGAAUGUCAUGCUCAGGGUUGUGAGCGUUUGGGCGGCCUUACUCUCCCAGGCCUUAUGAUGAUGAUGAUGAUGAUGAUGAUGAUGAUGAUGAUGAUGAUGACGACGAUGCGCCAAAAUCUCACUUAGGAGUAAAUCAGAUCCCCCCCAGUUCGUUGACGUUGAAUUUUUGUGAUAUACAUUUUUAAACAACCCUCCGUUCCUGAGCUCUUAACUUACUUAGCUACACUAUUGUGUAAAGAGUUUGUAUCAGUAUCUGUAUACAGUAUAUGGUGUACUGUAUAUGUAGUAUGUAUCUGUGAUUAUCAUGUUGAUUUUCUUGUACGUUUCUUACCACGUUGCCCUCUCUCUGCGUCGCUGCAGAGACUGAAGAUUGUCUUGUUGAUAUUCAAUAGGUUUAAUAUUUUCUACUCUUUCGAGAUCCAUUGGUUAUGUCUGGAUUUGUUCUGACUUUAUUAUUUUUUACUCACCCUGCAACGGCCGCAGGACGUCCCAAGAUGCUAACGUCAUCAAUGUAACCUUCCCCCCCUCCGAUAUCGCAACAAAAGACACCUGCCAGUAAAAGUAACUUUUCUGUACGCGUAGAGUCCAGACCCAGGAAAGGAAACGUUUGAAGAUGUGCUGCUAGUCUGUUAGUAUUGAAACCAGGUACAGAUUGACUUAAUAUGCUGUUUUUUGUUUUUUUUCUGAGAUUAUUUGAAUUGAUCGACGGCAGAGAAAUUCUUAUCUGCUCAAAGCCCCACCUGCUCGCCAAGCUGCCGCUCGAACAUCUUACCCGCCUGACAAAAAAAUAAAAAUAAAAAAAAGUUUUGAGCGACAGUCGGCCAAAAUGGAUCUCGGGCCGAUAUCUCGGCUGUGGGAGUGUAGUGGGCACACAGGUCGUCCCGGUGUUUGCAGAGUGAACAAGUUAAAGUGCCCGUUAUGAAUGUUUGUUUACCCCUGGAGCUGCUAAAGCACUUUUUUUCUGUGUGUGUGUGUGUGAGAGAGGGUGGGAGACCGAUAAGACAUCACACUCUUAUCCCCUGGUAUUACACACACACACAUGCACACACUCACACACCUUUGUAACCCUUUAAGGUGUGUGUUAUUGCCUUCCAAUCUCUGUUUGCCCCCCCCCCCCCAUCUCCAUCCAAAGCCCAGCCUUAGGCCUUCAAACAGGGUCCAAAACACACACACACACACACACACACACACUUUUUGCCCACUUCGCCUUCAUUUUCAUUUGGUGUCUUAUAUUUUAAGAGCCUGACUUUGUAUUUGUUCUUUUUAUCACCAUCUUUGUUGUACAUUGGCUUGACGUUUAAAAGCUGUUUUUUGCUGUGAUUUUUUUUUUUCUUUGCAUGUUUUCCGUCAUUUUUUUUUCUUCCCUUUGCUUCCCCUCUCUGAACAAUCGUCCACGCCUCUCAAGCAAUACUGACAGGCACUGGGAGCUAGCUGCUAGAGAGAGAGAGAGAGAGAGAGAGAGAGAAAAAGAGAGGAAUGGGAGAGAGAGUAAAAGAGAGAAUGGAAGAGAGAGAGAGAGGUGGACUGGAGGCUGGUUCUUCGUCUGCUGUUCCUUCAGUAUCGUUAUCGUCCUGUUACAGAAAAAAAAAGAUUAUUUUGAAAUAGAAAAAAAAUCAUCUAAGUUUUGUAAAUGAUCCUUCACUGUCGAGGGGAGAAAAGCUAUCAGAAUAUACUUUGUACACAUGUCUAAUCUUGUAAAAAUGCAAAAAAAAAAAAGAAUACAUUUUAGAGAUAAAUCUGAAACCAGAUAUAUUCUGUCACCCUAUACUGUAUGUGUAAGGAAAUGGUUUUUUUUUCUUUUUUUUUUUUUUUUACAGACAGCAACCACGUUUAUCAGUGUUUCUUUUAAAUUGUUUUAGUAACUCAGUAUUUUAUAGUUAAUCAAUAAACAGAUGGAACUGUA